UCUUCCGUCGGCCUCCCAAAAUGGUUGCUAUCUACUUACUACUGCUGAUCCCUAUUGCCGCUUCCACGGAACAUUCCGGAGCUUACUCAUCGCCGCAAUAUGCGAAGAAGAUGUAUCCAAAGAACUACGAUUCGAGCGCCUUUUUGCCCAAAGAGACUGCAUCAAAUUUCAAGAGUCAAAGCGCAGCCGAUAGAUACGACAUUGAUGCUAACGAUACAUCCAAUUACGCAAGAUCUUCGUUCCUUGAUACGGCUGGAAACUUCCUAAGCGGGACCGGAGGUCAAGUUGUGUCAAGCCUGGCUAAGGACUUCAUUGCCAGAUCCACGGGGAGUAGCCAGGUUCUUAGUCUGAACCUAACUAACCUGGUGAUACUGAUCGUGCUCAAAGCAUUGAUACUAGCGGCUGGUUUCUUCGGAGCCGGUGCUUGGAAAGGAAAUCAUUAUGGAAGAAGCUUGGACGAAAACAAAAAUGCCAACUAUCUAACUGAAGAUGAAAUUAUGUUGUACCUGAGCUACCUCACCGGACAACAGAGCCAGGAUUACGGCUGUCUCUACCGCUUAUCUUGUCAGAAGCCACAUCAAGCAGCGCUCUACGCUUCUGGCGCCGAACUGUUGUUGCAGGGAACUAAAUUGUUUCAAGGUAACAGCAUCGACCUGGAGCCCUACGAGGACAUUUCGAACGGAAUUAAAGAGGCUGCAACAUGGGGCGAACGCGGGCUGCCUUGUCAGACGCGCUACCAGUGCGCAUAGCACUAUUUUAUAGCUUUAGAUCUGCAAAAAAUUUUAAUCUCUGAAAAUGAAUUUUAU